AUCACUUGCUGGAAGAGAAUGCAAGACUCAAGAGACAACAACAAAAGGUAAAUUUAUUGCUGAGGUUUCAUGCUCCAAAGAAUGUAACAAGAAAAAGCGGACUUAUGCUCAAGCUAACAAGCCGGUAACAAGCCUGCAUCUGCUGAUGAUGAAGAUAUGGACCCCACUCUGCAGCAAUACCUUGAGAACAGGCUCAAGUGCCUUGCGGAUCAGAAGGUUGGAAGAUUUUGCUUGCUGUAACAGAUUAGCUUAUAAGGGAAUUGUAAUUAUUCAGUUUUUAGAGCAAAAGAAGCAAAAAAUUUUCGAAGUAAAGUCUGGAAUUGAUGAGGCAAAAGUUUUGAUUCGAAAAAUAGUCCUUGAGGCAAGAAGUUUGCAACCGAAUGUUAAGGCCGUAGUUCUUGCUAAGUUGCAGGAGUAUAAAUCAGAUCUGAAUAAUAUUAAAAGCGAAGUUAAGAAAAUUGUAGCUAGUAACUUGAACCCUUCUGCUAGGGAUGAGUUGUUGGAAUCAAGCAUGGUAUAUGUUGUGACGGCAUCAGCUGAUCAAAGAGAAAGAUUAAUGGCAUCAACCGAGAGGUUGAACAAGCCUGGUGAUAGAAUUAAGGACAGUAAAAGAAUAAUGUUUGAGACAGAAGAUCUUGGGGUUUCUAUUCUUCAAGAUUUUCAUGCACAACGACAGUCUCUGUUGUAAGAAAAUAACACGGUAGUGUUUAACUUUCUUGAAUAACUAACGAUUUGUUUCUUUUGGUAAUUAGUUAUAUUUUAAGAACUC